AUGGCGAAACGCACUCACCAGAGCGAAGAUAACCCACAGGUUAGAGAAAAGAAAAAGUCAAAGAGUAACGGACAUUCCGACAAGAAAGACAGGAAAGAUAAGAAGACCGAAUUGCAUCCCUCAGGCGAUGAUAUACCUCAAUCAGAAAUUGAUCAUUUUCUUGAGAAGAAUCUAAUCAAGAUCACCGAUACAGCAUCUGAAAAGGAGUCACCUCGCCCAAUUUUGUCCUUUUCUCAGCUCCCACCUCAUCAUGGUGACCUCUACAGCCCUCUGAGCUCGUUCACCGCCCCAACAUCCAUUCAGUCAACCACCUGGCCAUUACUCUUCGCCGGCCGAGAUGUCAUUGGCAUCGCGGAAACUGGGAGUGGAAAAACCCUUGCUUUCGGCCUCCCAUGUCUAAAGAAAAUGCAAGAAUCUGUCAACAAGUCGAAAUUCAAACCCGCUCGUCCUCUGGCUGUGAUCAUGUCUCCUACCCGAGAGCUAGCCAUGCAGAUAUACGAUCAACUCUUGAAAUUCACAAAAUCAAUUGACAUCCGCUUGGCCUGUAUCUACGGUGGUGUGAACAAGGAUGAGCAGCGUGAGAACCUAAAACGGGCGGCUGUUGUUGUUGCGACCCCCGGUAGACUGAAGGACCUUCAAAAUGACGGAUCAGUGGACCUGGGGAAAGUCAAGUACCUCGUUCUGGAUGAAGCCGAUCGUAUGCUUGACAAGGGUUUUGAACAGGAUAUUAAGGACAUCAUCCUCCCUAUGCCCACAUCCCGCCGUCAGACCGUUAUGUUCACGGCGACCUGGCCCCCUGUCGUGAGAGAUCUUGCAUCGACUUUCAUGAAUACACCGGUCACUGUUACUAUUGGUGGGGAACCAUCAGCCGAUCCACGGGCAAACUCGCGGAUAAAGCAAGUUGUGGAAGUGGUCAAACCGCAUGACAAGGAGUUUAGACUUGUUCAGUUACUGAACCAGUCUCAGCGCGCAGCGAAUCCGGACAAGGUUCUAGCGUUUUGCUUAUACAAGAAGGAGGCAAUGCGAAUUGAAAGGCUGCUCCGCGCAAAAGGAUUCCGAGUUGCCGGUAUCCAUGGUGAUUUGAGUCAGCAAGAAAGAUUCAAAAGUCUGGAUGCUUUCAAGACUGGAAAUGCUACAGUUCUCGUUGCAACUGAUGUGGCAGCUCGUGGUCUUGACAUACCCGCAGUUAAACUUGUCAUUAACGUCACGUUCCCGCUAACUGUGGAGGAUUAUGUGCAUCGGAUUGGCCGAACUGGCCGUGCUGGAGCCGAGGGUAACGCAAUAACCCUCUUUACAGAAACAGAUAAAGCUCAAUCCGGAGCGUUGAUCAACGUUCUCAAGGCCGCGAAUCAAGAGGUACCAGAAGAUCUUCUCAAAUUUGGCUCAACUGUCAAAAAGAAGCAACAUGGCGCAUAUGGCGCCUUCUUCAAGGAUGUCGACUCCAGCAAAGCAGCCACAAAGAUCACGUUUGAUGAUUGA